AUGUCAACGACAGUCGACCCCGAUUUGCGAAUUCUCGAGCCGCAAGGGCUGCCGCUGGCCAUCAUCAUCGUAUCCUCCGUCUUCCUCGUCAUCUCGGUCCUAUGCGUCGGACUACGCACUCGCGUGCGCCUCGUCGAGGGCACCUUUGGUCUAGACGACGGCCUCAUGCUGGCGGGAACGAUCGUGUACGUGCCGUGUGUCGGGCUCGCCAUCUACGGGUGCCUCGUGGGGCUGGGGACGCUGCAGGAGAAGCUGAACCCGUGGAUGUUCUCUGAGGCCCUCAAGAUCUACAUCGUCUGGAUCCUCAUCUACGUCGUCGCCCUCGCCCUCGUCAAGUCGUCCGUCUGCCUCACCAUCCAGCGCAUCAUCACGACGGAUAAAGGCCUGCGCAUCACGGUCUGGGUGCUGCUCGGGGUCACGUGGGCAUCUUUCCUGAUCACCUUUGUCGGAACGCUGCUCUACUGCCAGCCGGUUAACGCCCUGUGGACGCCCACGAUGCUGAUCAGUGGGGAGGGGAAGUGCGGAUCCGUCGAUGUCUUUGUCGCCAUCGGCCACGUUGCGACGAGCUCGACCAUCGUGACGGACCUGGCCCUCGUCGUGGUGCCGGCCAUCAUCCUCUGGGGCACGCAGAUGAAGACGCAGACCAAGCUGCAGGUCUUUGGUCUGCUGUCUUUUGCUUCCGUAGCAUCCAUCAUCACCAUGGUCCGUAUUCCCUACGUCAACAGAUUCAAGGCGCAACAGGAUCUUCAAUUCUGGGUCGCCCACACGGUACUCUGCUCCAACAUCGAGACGGGCAUCGGCUGCAUCGCCUCCUCAGUGCCCUCGCUCCGGCGCUUCAUCGCGCGGACCCGGGGCACGACGGAGAACACGAACCCCAGCGGAAGCGGGACCAAGACAGGCCUCUUCACGAUCGGCAGCAAGCCCCUCGAGCCGCGGAGCCGCGACCGCUUCCGCAACCCGACCGACGUGGGCUUCAGCUUGGCGACGGUCCACGGCCGCGGCGACGAGACGUGGGAGCGCCUCCAAGACGGCGACUCGGACAAGGGGGACUUGCUACCGAGCGACCAGAAGGGCGGCAUCCACGCGCAGUACACGUACCAGGUCGACAUUGAAAUGUCGCCGCCCAACACGAGGCAUACUACGACGACGACGACGACGACGACAGGGCGGCGACCUGGGACGAUGGACUCGGCUUGCUGA